AUGGCGUCGCUUGGUGCCCCCAUUCGGCACAUCGAUACUGUGGCGCUCGACUACUCUGCGCCUGCUGAUUGGCCUGUGGUGGAGAUUGCGAUCCUGGACGUUUUACUGGUGGAUGUCGCCGAUCUUCAGGACCUGGAGAGAUUGUCGCCUCAACGUGUGGGAAUGAAUGGACGCAAGAAAUCUGGCGGACGCAAGAAAUCUGGCGGACGCAAGAAAUCUGGCGGACGCAAGAAAUCUGGCGGACGCAAGAAAUCUGGUGGACGCAAGAAAUCUGGUGGGCGCAAGAAAUCUGGUGGGCGCAAGAAAUCUGGCGGACGCAAGAAAUCUGGCGGGCGCAAGAAAUCUGGUGGGCGCAAGAAAUCUGGCGGACGCAAGAAAUCUGGCGGACGCAAGAAAUCUGGUGGACGCAAGAAAUCUGGUGGGCGCAGUACUCAUGAGCCUUAA